AUGAAAAGUUAUCGCUUAGAAUUAUCAUCAUCAGGUCGUUGUCGUAUUGCUACAAAACUAAAUGAAUCAAAAUCUACAUUAAUAUUCGAUGAAGCUUGGGAUAGUGACACUAAUUGGAAGAUUUCAUCACCACCUAAACUUACACGUGACUCAGAAAAACAACGUGUUCGAUUGGCUGAUGAUGAUCGUGUACGUAUUCAAGAAUUUGAUGAUUUUGUUGUUGUUACAAUACCUGACACUGAACGAAGAGAUGCUGGUAAAUAUGCAAUUAAUGUUGCUAAUGAUUCAGGAUUAUGUAAUGUUCCUUUGAAAGUUAAAGUCAUUGCACCACCGCUUCCUCCAACUGGUCCAUUUGAAAUAUCAAAUGUAUCGAAAGAUCGUGCAACACUUUCAUGGAAGCCACCAAAAGAUGAUGGUGAUAGUAAAGUAACUGGUUAUGUUGUUGAACGAGGUGAUACAUCAAAAGGAGCCGAUGCUUUGAUUCCAGCUACACAAGCAGGUAAAGAAACAACAUUUACUGUUCCAUCAUUACUUGCUGAACAUGAAUAUGAUUUUCGUGUUAUGGCUAUUAAUGAAAAUGGUACUAGUGAACCAUUACGUUCAACAGCAUCAACUACGACUAAACUUCCAUUCAAACCAGCUAGUUCACCAGGACAAUCGGAUAUCACUGGAAUGACAAAUAAUACUGCCACACUUAAUUGGAAGAAACCAACUUCUGAUGGUGGUGGUGGUCCUAUAACUAGUUAUUGGAUUGAAAAACGUGAAGGAAAUAUUGAUAAAUGGAUAUCAGUCAAUAUGUCAUCAUGUCAAUCAACACAUUUUACAGUACCAUCAUUAGUCGAAGAUCAUAUUUAUGAAUUUUGUGUUACAGCAGAAAAUGAAGCUAGAAAAGCAGCGCCAUCUAAUACAACUAAACCAACUAAAGUUAAAGAUCCAAAUGCAUCUACACUAUCAGAAUUUCUUAAAAAAUUAAAAGAUGAUGAAGGUAAAACAAUUAAACUAGAAUGUGAAGUUAUUGAAACACCUAAACCUGAUGUUGAAUAG